AAAAAAAAUGACUUAAUACAGCUAACCAAAAUAUGGAUGUUGAUUUAAAAAGAAAAGGAAUUUUUUAUUAUACAAGCAGCUUAUGAUUGCUGCCCUGCCGACCAACAAAAAAAGAAAGUGAUCGGAAAUGUUGGGGGCCUUAUCGUCUUCAGCCGGAGUUCGAGUGAGUUGCAGAGAUGAAGUGUACGUGGGAGCGGUGGCACUGAGGGCGACUAAAGGGCCUUCCCAAUUGCUUAUGUCUGCUUCAUAUUCCCUUAAUUUGCACCAUUUCAUCGUCAUCGUCAAACCCUCUUCUCAUCCUCCUCCUCCUCCUCCUCAGGUUUUGGUGUAUGAUUUUCAGCCGGAGGAUCCUGAAAGCAUAUGGGUCGCUUUUGCAGCACUGACUGGUAGAGAUGUACCUGGAGUUAUUCUUGUGAGGAAGCUUGAAAAGCUUCCCAAGAGAAAAUGUCAGUUUGUUGGCUACUCCCGAGGAAACACUAUAAUUGCAGCGCAGGAGUUCAAUGAGAGUUGGGAAACAAACCUCAAGAUUGGUCAUCAUGAUUGCCGGCAUUAUUGUCAAGGGCUGGUUGAGCACCUAACUGGUGAGAAAGCUGUUUUGGAGAAUCUGAGUGAAGGCUAUUUUAAGACGAUUAGUGGAAGGCACUUUUUCUUUAAGACUUUGUUGUCGGGUGCUAUGACCGGUUUUUACUCUGAUGUCGUGCACAAACAUGGUCAAACAACCCUCGAUCAUGUGGACCAAUCUCACCUGAGCUAUAUGUUACAUGUCGCUCACUUGAGUUUUUACUUCCUGAGUUCAGUUAAAAAUGAUCAGGAAUGUAUCAAGGAAUGUAUCAGCUGUAUGAGGUUUACUGUAGUUGUUAUGGUUAGCCGGAAGCACAAUCUGAGACGCCCACUCAUUUUUAGUGGGCACUGUGCCAUCAACAUAUUUGUUUCUAAUGACAUGGACAAGCAAAAACAUGAAGACUGGAAACAUUAAGGAAAAAACUCUUUCUAGUGUGUUGUUACAUAUGUUACCAAUAUUUAUAUUGAUUAUCAUUUUAGAUAUCAAAACGAUUAAAGCUUUAGUAAUCUAUUGACGAACUCUCAACCGGCCUCGAGUUCUCUCCACAGUCUAAUAACACAUGUUCGCCUGAAAAAAAAAAGUUCCUUAUAGGAAUUUUUCUUUUUUUUUGGUUAUAGCAAUCCAAGUUAGAGACUGUCUCUGUAUUUUUAGUGUGAGCGCUAGAAAAUGUUUAUCACCAGUCUUCCAUCAGCUAUUCUAAAUUCCAACAACUAUUCUCAAUUCUGUGAACCAAAUGACAUUUUGGUGUUCUGCUAAGAAUUCCUGAGAUCGCACAAUACCAUUGAUGGAAAACUGAUCUAUGGUAACGGAUGUAUAUGGUGUAGAAAGUUAUAUAGUUAAGAUGGAGUUGAAUUUAGUAUAUUUCAAUAUCUUGAGGUGUGGUGAAAUUACUUAGCGGUAAUGAUUGUGCGAUAAAUUAGGAUUGUAUUUUUAGCCAAUAUUCUAUUUGUAGAUAAAACAGAUAAGUGCAUAAGAUACUUUGUAUCCAAAAAUAGUUUGUAUGAUUUGUGGUCUGAAGCUUGCUUUCCCUUUACUAUAUAUACAGUAUUUCUAUCAUUUCACAAGCUAUUAACUAGAUAUAUAUUACUCGGAAUAUCGAAAAUUGAAAGUAGUACAUAAUAAAAAGAAGGAUGAAAGGAAUAUACAUUUUGGUACUAUUAAUGUUAAUGGUUGUCACAAACCAAGCAAACGAUUUUGAUGUUCGCAAGUAUGGAGCCAAAGCUGAUGGCAAGUCGGAUGAUAGCAUGGCCUUCGAAAAUGCCUGGAAAGAGGCAUGCAAAUCCAUCAGUCCGAGUAAAGUUUUGAUCCCAAAAGGAACCUAUAUGGUGGGUCCAAUAAAAAUCCAGGGUCCCUGUCAAGCGCCUAUCACUAUUCAAGCUGACGGAGUGCAUUUCAUGGCUCCUGCCGAUGUCAGCAAGUUCAAAUCACAAAACGGCUGGUUCACCUUCCAGAGUAUAAAUGGCUUCACCCUCUUAGGAGGAAUAUUUGAUGGUCAAGGACAAAAUGCCUGGAAGCAGAAUGACUGUUCAAAAACAGGAAAAUGCGGAUCAUUGCCUGUAAAUCUAAGUUUCCACAAAAUCACAAAUUCGAGAAUCCAAAAAGUGACAUCCAUGGACAGCAAGUUAUUCCACAUGAAUGUGCUCAACUGCAGAAACCUAACACUAGAGCACAUCAACAUAAUUGCACCGGAAGAAAGCCUAAACACAGACGGGAUACACAUCGGGCGUUCAAACGGUGUCAACAUUAGUGAGGCCGUCAUCAAAACUGGUGACGACUGCGUAUCUCUGGGUGAUGGGAGCCAACAAGUGAACAUUGAGAAAGUGAGUUGCGGGCCAGGCCACGGCAUUGCCAUUGGGAGCCUGGGAAAGUAUCCUAAUGAAGAGCCCGUGGUUGGAAUCACGGUGAGGAAUUGCACCAUAACAAAUACUAUGAAUGGAGUCAGGGUAAAGACUUGGCCCGCUUCUCCUUCGGAUGGUAUAGCUCGUGACUUGCAUUUCCUGGAUAUUGUCAUGAACAACGUUGCCACCCCGGUUUUGAUCGAUCAGGAGUAUUGCCCUUACAAUCAAUGCAAAGCACAGGUGCCAUCGCGCGUUAAGAUUAGUGAUGUGAGCUUCAAAGAUAUACGUGGAACAUCAGCAAGCCAAAUGGCAGUCCAGCUUAAGUGCAGCAAAGGAUACCCAUGCAAAAAUGUGGAGUUGAGUAACAUUAAUUUGAGGUACCAAGGCAAGAAUGGAACUGGGAGUGGCGCCACAUCUGAGUGUAGCAAUGUGAAGCCAAAGCUGACUGGAAAUCUGUUUCCUCCGGCUUGUGCACUGUCCUCUGCUUAGAAAGCAUUGAUCGGAACUGGCUUUCUAUAUAUGUUAGCAUUUUAUACUUGUCAAGAGAAUUUACUUUAAUUUAUUAGGUGCCCCCUCCAUGGUUAUGUGCAUGACGAGUCGUUUGGUGAGAAAAAAAUAUGUAUAUUUCGGAUGAACUGUACUCCAAUUUAUGUGUAAGAAGAAUAUGUGUAAAUAGUCUGGUGAAACUAUAAUAUGUUUUGAAUUUUGAUGUAUUAUACAGAAUCCAUCCUUGUCGAAUUUUUCCAUUUAGUCAUUUGUAUUUCGAAAGAGAGUGUUAAUUAGCAGUAAAAGAGUAACUGGAAACUAAGGAAUUCUCAAGAUGCAUAGAUUGAAACAGAGUAUACAUGAAAACCAUAGCCAGCUAUAAAAAAUUAACAGUGUGCAGUCACUAUAUAGACAAACNCAACUCGGAAAUGAAUCGUCAUCACCUAGGACAAAAA